AGCGCAUGGUCCAUCAUUACUUUCAGUCUGUGUGCUGACAACAGAGGCGACAUGAAGCUGUGGGACGUCCUGCUGCCUGCUCUGCUCAUCGGAGCUUUUGCAGAAGACGAGUCUUGUUUGGACCGCUGUGAAAACGGCUUUGACUCUCAAAGGAAGUGCCAGUGUGACUCCAUGUGCACGUAUUACAAAAGCUGCUGCUUUGACUUUGAGGCCAUCUGUGGUAUGAUGACUCGUGGCGACACGUUUGACUUUGCAGAGGAUGAAGACUACGUGUUUGAAAGCACCACUCCAGCCGCCGAAAGACCAUCAGAAAAGCAGCCUUUCACAGUUCCGAGUCGUGAGCGAAAGCCCAGCCGAUGGCCUCACUCAGACUCCAACCACAGUCCUCAUCAACGUCCAGAGGCCACUCUUCACAUGACCAGAUCCUCACGACUGAUAAAUGAAAAAGUUACACGUUCUCCCAACACAGACAACGUGGCCAUCACAACCAAAGCUCCCGGGACUAACGCAACUACUGAGACCAGCACUGUUCCUUCCAAAACAGCCACCACGCAAGCCCCUGACCCAGACGCAGAGGUCUGCAGCGGCAGGCCCUUUGACUCCUUUAUGCAACUUAAAAAUGGCUCCAUCUAUGCCUUCAGAGGGGAGUAUUUUUUUGAGCUGAACCAAAGGUCAGUGCUUCCUGGUUAUCCAAAGUUAAUAAAAGAUGUGUGGGGCAUCAGCGGGCCCAUUGAUGCAGCCUUUACCCGCAUCAACUGUCAGGGGAAGACCUACAUCUUCAAGGGAAACAAGUACUGGAGGUUUGACAACGGUGUGCUGGAUGAUGAUUAUCCUCGAGAUAUUAGUGUUGGCUUUGACAAAAUUCCAGAUCACGUGGACGCAGCUUUUGCCCUGCCUGCUCCUCAUCACCACGGGAAAGAGAAGGUCUACUUUUUCAAGGGGGACCAGUAUUACAUGUAUGAGUUCUUGCACCAGCCAUCUCACGAGGAGUGUGCCAUCAUCUCUGAGCACUCUCCAUCCACCCUGUUCAGACGUUACACAGACAUGUACUACAACAACUUUGAGCGGUACUUCAGUGAGCUCUUCUCAGACUUGCCCCAACACCAUGAUAAGCACCACUUCAUUAACAAAGACUGGAAAGGCCUCAAGUCUCCAGUAGAUGCUGCCAUGGCCGGAAGAAUCUAUGUGACCCCCCGGGGGUUGAUACCACGACGCUACAAUUACCAGCCAGACCAGCAGUGGGGUCGACAGCAGGGGCAGCAGUGGGGCCGGCAGUACCAGCAGAAUGGGUGGCAAUGGGGGCGGAGGAGGUCAAACCGUUCACCAAAUUGGGGGUCCAUGUCUGAGAGGGGUAUAAACAUGGGUCAGGGGUUUGCUGAGAGGGGGAUGGAGCUGGGUUUGAGACUGGCAGAGAGAAGAAUGGAAAUGGAAGAGAGGUUUGGACGAGACUGGGACAGACGUUGGGAUCAGGACUGGGACCAGGACAGGCGCAGGGAUGUCUAUAACCAGAACAACAGAGGCAACUACGACUCCAGAGACGACAGAUUCUUCCGAACAGACAUGCCCAUCCAGAACGUCUACUUCUUUAAAGGAGAUAAAUACUUCCGAGUCGACCUCAGCACUAAAAGAGUUGAUCCUGCCAUGCCGCCGUACCCCAGAUCCAUUGCCAAAUACUGGCUGGGCUGUUCAGACACCCCUGAACUGGAGAGGAAGUAGUCGAGUUUUUUUAUUUGUCUGUCAUUUUUUUCAACAAUGUAGUGCUCUACAAAGAAGGCCAAACAUGUUUCUACUAACACAAAAGCAGCUCCUCAUCAGCGUCUGCAAACAACAGAAAUCAAAGUUCAGGCAGCUGGUUUUCUGAGCAGUUAUCUCCUGCUUUUUAACCUCAGUUGGGCAACUUCAUUAAACACAGCAGCAGUGGGGGGGGGGGGGGGGGGGGGACACUUCUGGCACUAAAAACCUUAUCUGUUUUGAGUUCUGAAUGCUGAUUCUCUCAAACUUCUUGUGUAGCCAUUUUUUGUUAUAUAUAUUAACAUAGUGAAUAAAAAAACAAUUGAUGACUAAACAA